AUGAUGACGGGGCUAAAGUUUAUAUUACUCGGAUUACUGCAUAUAGCCGUUGCCGUGCCGAUACUUACAGAUUUGGAAAUGGUAGAUGACACGGUCUCUGUUGGGACGUAUGUUCGGGAAGUUAGAGCAGCUCCACCGGAUAACUACGAGAGAUCCUAUGAAAGCGAGGGCGACGGUGUGAUUGGAUAUUCCCGUAAGAAGAACGGCGGUGGAAAGAAAGGAUAUCAACAUUUCGAUUCCUAUCACAAAAAGGCAGGAGAUGAUUACGAACUAGAGACUCAAGACUCGUAUGGACUUGAUGAUGAAGGUCAAGCGGGGGCACACAGCCAUAAGAACGAAAGGAAAGCUGAACGAUACCAAGAACCUGACGCUGAAGAAAUUGAUGAAGAAAAUCCGAAAAGACAACGCAAGCCUGAAAGAGGACACGCAGAAUUGAGGGAAGGUGUAAGUGACGGUAACGGAGGAAUUGAAGCCUAUGGUCAUGAUCCCGCAGAUUACGUUCUUCCUGAAAAAUACACUUAUGGUUCCGGAGAAGAAUAUAACUUUUAA